GCAGCAGGGCUGGGUAGGGUCUGGUCUGAGUGCGCAGUAGAUGCCGAGGGAGAAAAAAAACAAAAAACAUUGCCGUUUGUCAUCGUAAUGGGUGUCUUAUUGAAAUGCAAUUGGCACACUUUUAUGGAUGCAUGCUUUAUCAUCAAUUCAAGCCCCACCGUGCUCUGUGAUUUCAGUCUAACAAGGCUAAUAAGAAGCUUUUAUUAUUUUGCAGCAUCCCAAGCGUAGACAAAUUGUUGCACCUAAUGCAACGUUUUCCUCAGUUCAGCUUCGUCGGCCCUUGACUGUCAUUUGUUGGUGCAGACAUCUAUUCACCCUUAAUCGUCAGUAAUUCUGCAGGGAAGCACCAUGCUGACCAGUAUCACUGAAGGCAUACUGUGCUGCCUGACUGGGAAGGCUGCCAGUCUGGUCUUACCCCUUGAGUCAUCAGAACCCUCUGAUGGUUUUGAGUUUGUGGAGGUGAAACCUGGGAGAGUCCUGCGAGUGCGACACAUCAUCCCAGAGCGUCAGCCUGUAGUAACGGAAGAGCAAAUUGCAGGCAAGGAAAAGACGGACAGCGACUGUAAUGAUGACAGUUCUCCUGAGGAUCUGAAUAAUGAGAGCAAUACAGGCAGCAGUGUCCACUGUAAGAGGAAGAUCACCGUCUACCGCAAUGGCCAGCUGGUGAUUGAGAAUCUCGGUGAUGUUUUGCACUCUGAGAUACUGCAGUGUCAGGAUGGGGAUCUGGAGCCUUGUAGCACUGUAGAAGUGGAGCUGGCUGACUACAAAGAAAUGCCCUCCUCUCCAGACCCCAACCCCAUUCCUCCUCCAGUUGCUUCACCCCUUGGGGAACAGAAACCUGCUCCACCUCCUCGUCGCCGCCGCCGCAAGCCCAAGCGCACGGUUCUAAUUGACUCAAAGAGGGUGAUCUCAAGCUGCAAAGGGACGCAUUCGGAUGUAGCGCUGUUUUUCGUGCAUGGUGUGGGAGGUUCUCUGGACAUUUGGAGCAGCCAGCUGGACUUCUUCUCUCGACUGGGCUAUGAGGUCAUUGCGCCUGACCUGGCGGGGCAUGGCGCCAGCACUGCCCCACAGAUUGCAGCAGCGUAUACCUUUUAUGCCCUUGCAGAGGACCUUCGUGCCAUCUUUAAGAGAUAUGCUCGUAAACGCAACAUUCUCAUUGGCCAUUCAUAUGGAGUGUCAUUUUGCACCUUCCUGGCUCACGAAUAUCCUGACCUGGUCCAUAAGGUGGUGAUGAUCAAUGGAGGGGGUCCCACAGCUCUGGAGCCCAGCCUAUGCUCCAUCUUCCAGCUGCCAUCUUGUGUCCUGCACUGUCUGUCACCCUGUCUGGCCUGGAGCUUCCUCAAAGCUGGAUUUGCCCGUCAGGGUGCCAAAGAAAAGCAGUUGUUAAAGCAGGGCAAUGCCUUCAACGUGUCUCCGUUUGUCCUGCGAGCCAUGAUGAGUGGUCAGUACUGGCCUGAGGGGGACGAGGUCUACCAUGCCGAGCUCACUGUGCCCAUCCUUUUGGUUCAUGGCAUGUGUGACAAGUUUGUGCCCAUGGAUGAGGACCAGCGCAUGGCAGAGAUCCUCCUAUUUGCAUUCCUAAAAGUCAUUGAGGAGGGAAGUCACAUGGUCAUGAUGGAGUGUCCUGACACCGUCAACACCCUUCUCCACGAGUUCUUUCUAUGGGAGCCUGACAUGUCCAAAAAAGACAGCAACAAGACAGACACAGAGAAGACUGUCGCUCUCAGUGACACUCUGCACACACUGAAAAUCAAUAAGCCUAUGGACAAAUAACCAACAAGGAGUAUAGUUUUAUCACAGAACCAAGCAGAGGGCCUUUUUUGGCAUGUGUUCUUCAAGGCUGCUCCCAGGCUGAGAGCUGUUAUAAACAGGGCCACAUCUUAAGGAUGCGGAUGGCCACUGGUGCUCAAAGAUAAAGCAGGACUUAGGCAUGGUGCCAACAAGAGGACGAUGGAAUUGACAUAAAAAUGAGAGGAAUGGAUGCAAAUACACAGUCAGUUUUUGCUUCGCUUUUUGAUACCAGUUUGUGCUCCAUUACGUCAUGUUCGUACCGACACCUGGAGAUCAAAAGGACUAUGCCCAUUCAUGAUUUGUGUAUGAAAUGUUUCGGGUGAAGAACUGACUACUGCAAGAUGCAAGAAGCAUAAAAUCCAUGAAAUGGUGUGUGAAUAUUCUCACCUUAAUCUUAAAUAUUCUGUAAAGUACUGCAGAGCUUCUGUUCUAACUUUACAAAACGGUCUUACAUAUGCUUUCAGUUGGAAACUGGCAAAGGGAUGUGUAGUGAAUUGAGAAAUUACACAUCUUAUAAUAAAACUCAAGUGUUGAUAAUAUUAGUUUAUUAUCAAAUACUGUCUGGGCAGUGGGAAAUGGGUUAAAAACAUUACAUAUAUACCGAUGCAAAUGUAAUUAAUAAUUGCACCACAUAAAUUACAUUAUGCCACACAUAAUGUGAGAAACACAAAAAAUAAUCAAUCACUUGCAAUCCAGCCACCUAUUAACCACAUCCAUACAAUAUGCAGUGUAAACCAUCUUAAACAUGAAGACUCACAAUCACAGCUUUCCUCAACACAAUUGGCUCAUCUGUUUCCAAAUUACAGCAAUUUAUUUUACAUAUAUUGAACUCUAAUAUAAAGUCUAAAUCCAGAAAGCUAUGUGUGUCUAUGUUAAGCACAAUGUAACCAAUUUAUAGUUGCAUGAAAAUUAACUAAUAUUCAGUGAGAGAUGUUUCUGAACCGGUUGCAAAAACAGAUGUAUACAAACAUGCCAAAAGGUUGUCCUCCUUUAUUCUAGCAGCCUUCUCUUCAAUAGUAUAUAAUAUCCUAAGGAUACAAAGUACCGAGGCCCUGCAUGACUUCAGAAUAUGAGAAGGUGUAAGGGGUUGUUUCAGACAGUUGCAAUAUAUUCUCAUAUUGAAAAAGUCCCAGUUCAAAUAAGUGUUCCUUUUAUGUGUUUUAAGUAUUAUUUUGCCUUUAUUCUGAAAUAACAGCAACUGCCAUAACAAAUUGUGGUUGUAUUGACCGCUUUAAGCUGUUGUGUCUAUAAGCUGAUAAAUGCAAAACAAGAGUAUGUGUCCCCUACUACUCUCCAGUCCACCCUAUUUAUCUAACAUUGUCUGAGAGAAUGAGCUAAACAUUAUGCUCAUUGAAAGACGUGAAUUCAUGCUGCUUUGUCUCAUAGUGGGACAGUAAAGUGCGAGUAAAAGCACAGUCAAAUAUACUCCCUGACAGUGCUCAUCUGCUGACUGGAUAGUUUAUACUGUUUUGAGUGGCAGAAGGUGUAAAUUGGUGGAUUUGAGUGUCCAAAGCUUGUCCAAAACAUGAGUCAGCCAAAGGAGAAAGUCCCCUAAAAAGAGGGGAAUUUGUACUGACCAUGCUGGUCUGUUAUAUAUGCAUUUGACAGAAUGCGGAUGCAACAUGACUAGUCUUAUGCAACUGGAACAACAUAGAGAGAAACUGAGUGGAAAUGAACUGACCUGGCACUGACACCUCAAAAACAUUAUAUAUUCUCUAUGGACUUUCCAAAAACCAACAAGUGCUGCUGAUGCAAUGUACUGUAUGUCUCCUUUGGUGUAAAAGGUCAGUAAAACUGUAUGGACUACAGGGUGCACAUGUACUUCCUCUUAUGCUAAAAGUGUGCAUAUACAAAUUGUCAGUGCUCAUAUGUGCUAUAUCUUUUUGUGGUUAACAAAAUGUGUUAAUGUUAUUGUUGCAUUUAUUCAUGGGAAUCAUAAUAUAUGCACUGCCUAAAUGUAGAUGCAUAUAACAUUAUAUAGCCUAUCAAAUGGAUUCAGUGUAUGAACGUGCCUUUCCUGGCAUGAAAUAAA